AUGUCUGCAUCUGCCAGUGAGUUCAGGGAAAAGUCACUUGUUAAAAUAAUAUUAGUAUUUAAAGUUGUUAUAUUAUUUUGGGCAAAUCAAACAGUUUGGAGUUUAAUAAAUGUGCCAUCGUUAGCAACGACUGUCUUCUUACCAAAAGAUCCAUCUGUAAGUCCUUUUUAUGAUCCAUAUGUAGAAGCAAUACUUCAUAUGGAUACAAUAACAUUGAUGAAAAUCCCCGUAAUGAAUGAUGAUGAAUUUAUGCUAAAACUCACAAAAGGCGUUGACAAUAUGACUGGUUUGCUGACACAAAAUCCAAUAUUUGAUGAUAAAUUACACAACCAAUUAGUAUCACAACGAAUAAUUGAAAGACAAUGGGAAGAACUGGUAACAUCUACUCCUAUGACCAUAAUUUUAUUUUUUCAAGCGUUAGCAACUCAGGCACAAAGUACACAAAGAGUUGUUGUAUAUAAAUUUGUUGCCGUUAUUAAUGCACUGCAAGAUGAUGGCGUUCUUUUUGGUGAAGCUGAACGUGAAUUUUUUAUACCAUUACUAGUUGAAACAACCGGUAUUAUUGAUCGAGCAAGUUUAUCCGGUUUAUUGAUAAUACAAACAAAUGCUGAACGAGAGACUUUACUUAAACAAUUGGCACAAGAUACUUUAGCAACAUCAGCAAAAGUAUCUAGAUUAGCCCAAACACAUACUUUAGAAACAUCAGCAAAAGUAUUAAAAUCAGCCCAAAUACGUAAUCCACAGUAUGAUGAACGAAAUGUCGCACGACAAUUUGAAUAUUAUUUGAAUUUAUUCGACUAUCUUUAA